AUGUCCACCAAUCGAGUUAGUACUGAACCCAAAAGGUACAGGGUCAGAAUCGAAACAUAUCAAUCAAUUCAGGUAUUCUGCCGCCAGGGCAGACGGUACUCCCGUCGGGUACAAACCGCGCUUCAGUGUUCAUCCUCUCCACCGACUGCUUGCGGCUACCUAGAGUUCAGCGCUCCAGACCCGUCAAAAGGAGUGAACAAAAUUGGAAUUUACGAGUGCGUAGAUAGUAGCAUUUUACAAAGUUCAGAUGAUGAUUUGGAAGAAGAUAAUCAGAAGCUAUUUUCGCAAAUAUGUGGAGCUGUGCCACAAUGUUCACAUUUGAAUCUCGACACUCUCAACCCUGCCUUCGCCAAAUAUCUAAUCGUUCAACAUGGUGUCCAGCUAGAGGAACUGACUUCACGUACAAUUCGCUUUUGCUGUUCUCUUUUUCACCACACACUUCAACGACUAGUCACGUCCGAGAAGGACAAGCUGCCAUCCAUUUCGGCGCCACCCGUGCACUGUCAGUCCGAAAUAUGCGGUGCCGAAGCGGUCGGUUGUCUCCUGCAUUCGACUGGCGCUUCCCAUUCCUCUGAGGGAUAUGAUGAAUACUACGAACGAAAAAAGAAGACCAAGCAUCGGUUAAGCAAACGUCAUAAUGAUGAGUACGAUGAAGGAAUUGACGCAGUCCAGCUUUUCUUCGACUUCGAAGAAAGCACAGAGAGCGAUCCAUCUACGCAUUUUGGUACCACUGCACCAUCUGUAGCCCGUCCAGCGAAAGCCCCCGUACGACCGCCAGAAGUGAAACGACCGUUAGCGAGAGUGCAUAUCGCAUCAGAUAUGAAUCAAACGACAUCCACUCGACCAUCUCUGUCGAAAUACGAGGAACACGAAGAUCUCGACGAAAGUGAGGAAACUCAUUGUGUCUACAGGCAUCUGAACGACGAGUUGUACCGAUACUGCCUCUUGGUACACCAAAAGAAGGACGGAGACAGGUACGAUUUCUGCUGA